UGCAAGCGAGGCGGCGGCUAAUCCUUCUAACGAUGAUAUUCCUCUUGCAGCAUUUCUUCUUGCUGGCCACAGACUUAUUACUCGCGAUGACCCUUUCCUGCCUCUUUUGUGCCUUUGUAUGCAUUUCCAUCGCAUUUUUGACCUGCUUCAUUAUAAUCUUCUCCUUCGGCAUUGUGGAGAGGAACAUUGAUGUGAAAGGGAGAGCAAUUGUAAUUCUUGUGUCCAACAGCUCCAUUGGGAGGAUGUUUGCAAGGAACCUGGAUAAAGCAGGUUUCAGGGUGUCUGCUGCACACUGGCCUCCUCAAGAGGAGGGGACAGCUACGGAAGAAGACUGCUCUUCAAGCAUGGAGGUAGCCCAGCUCCAUAUGACUGAAGAUGAGUAUCAGAAGACAAUGAAAACCUUCAUAGAAAGCCACUUAUCCCUGAAAGGCAUGUAUGGGCUGAUGAAGAAGCCAUCAAUCCUGAUAUGGGAAGAGGAGGAACCAGACACAUGCAGGUUACCUGAGAGAAAAACCUCUUAUAAAUGGAAGAAGGUUUUCAAGGCUCCAGGUAGGAACCACUUGUAGCAGUCAGUACAAUUGAACAUAUAGCGUUUCUCUGACAAUAUCUAGAUGAGGGGGAAAAUGUCUUUAAAAUGUUUUAGCCGGUAAGUUUUUUUUCCUUAACAUGGUUUUCAAAACUUCAAAACCAAAGUCAUCAUUUGUGGCCACUCCUCACCAGGGUUUGCCAUUGACAGCUUAAAACGUGUUCAAAGGUGUUAGCUAAUAUUCUGGAAAACUCUUGCUCUCCCAGGCUGGGCUUGUAAUUAAGACUACCGGGGUAGUAUAGAGCCAACGUGCAGAAUCAGCUCUGCAAAGUCCCCACUGUCGCAGCGACCACGUGAGCUCCCUC